AUGGUUGAUACAACCCAGCUUCUCUUGAAGUCUAACUCAUCCGAUCCAGUGGUUCCACCUCAAGAUGAGGAACACCAUUCCUCUAUUAGCUCCACCAUUGAAGAGUGCUUAGGAGAACUCAACUGGACCCAAUUCCUCCAAGCUGUUCUUGUCUCCUUUUCUUGGUUCUUCGAUGGUCAGCAAACAUUCAUAACUAUCUUCACUGAUGAACAGCCAUCAUGGCACUGCACUGAACAAGGUGGUGAUUCAUGCAACACUUCCAACAUGUGUAGCCUUCCCAAGGGUUCAUGGGCUUGGGAUGGACCCACAAAAACCUCCAUGAUCUCAGAAUGGGGAUUGGAGUGUGAGAACUCUUUCAUCACAGGCCUUCCAGCUUCCAUGUUUUUCAUGGGGUGCUUAAUUGGUGGGCUUGUUUUGGCCACUCUUGCUGACACUUCACUUGGUCGCAAGAACAUGGUCUUCUUCUCAUGCCUCUUAAUGUCUCUUUCUUCUUUCAUUGCCACCUUCUCAAUCAAUGUUUGGAUGUAUUCGGUGCUCAAAUUCUUCUCUGGAUUUGGCCGUUCAUCCAUUGGAACCUCAGCACUUGUCCUAGUUUCUGAGCUUGUUGCAAAAAGGUGGAGGGGGCGUGUUGGUGUUCUUGGUUUCUUCUUUUUCAGUACAGGGUUUUUGACCGUGCCAGCAAUGGCUUAUGCAAACAGAGAUUCUUCAUGGAGAAACCUAUACCUAUGGACUUCCCUUCCAGCAAUUUUAUACUGUGUAUUAGUUCAUUUACUUGUUCCCGAGUCUCCAAGAUGGCUUCUCACAAGGGGAAGGAAAGAAGAAGCUCUAAAAGUAUUGAAAAGUAUUACAUCAAUCACUGAAAGUAAUUUGAAUUUGGCUAUCUCUGGCAUGUCCCUCGAGAAAGAAGUUUGGAACAUUGAUUUUUACUCUGCGCUCAAGAUUUUGAUGCAAAAGAAAUGGUCAUCAAGAAGGCUAUAUGCAUUUAUGGCCAUGGGUUUAGGCAUUGGAUUGGUCUAUUAUGGAAUGCCAUUAGCCCUUGGAAACUUGUCAUUCAACCUUUACUUGAGUGUCACAUUUAAUGCUUUGUCAGAGAUUCCAUCUACUUUGCUUGCCUAUAUUCUUCUAGACAAGUUCAAUAGGAGAAGUGUGCUCUUUAUUCUCACGAUCUUAAGUGGGAUGUCAAGUAUUUUAGCAAUCAUGGAAGGGAAGAUACUGACAAGGCUGCAAAUUGUGUUUGAGUUGAUAUCCUUCUUCAGUGCAUGCACUGCUUGUGAUAUUGUGUUAAUAUACAGCACUGAGUUGUUCCCUACUUCUGUACGCAACUCUGCAUUAUCAUUGGUGAGGCAAGCGGUGGCGUUGGGUGGUGUAUUUUGUCCUAUGUUGGUGGCAGCUGGUAGAAAUAACAAGUUUAUAUGCUAUGGGGUUUUUGGGUUGGCAAUAGGGUGCGGUGGGAUGCUUGGUGUAUUUUUGCCAGAGACUAAAGGCCAAGAAUUUUGUGAUACCAUGGAUGAAGAAGAAAGCAAAGAGAAAGUAUAA